AUGGCCGCAACUCAGAACAUCCGCUUGGCACUGCCCAAGAGUGGCGUAAACGUUUUCUAUCGAGAACAGAGCCCCACAAAUCCCUCUAAGACACUUCUACUUCUUCAUGGUUUCCCGUCGUCGUCACAUCAAUAUCGGAACAUAAUUCCACUGCUCGCUACUAAGUAUCGAGUCAUUGCUCCAGAUUUUCCCGGAUUUGGAUUCACCGAGACACCUGAAGGCUUCAAAUACACGUUUGAGUCGCUCACGGAUAUCCUUGUCGAGUUUCUGGACUCGCUUUCCAUCACUAAAUUCUCUGUUUAUGUCUUCGACUAUGGCGCACCAGUGGGUUUGCGUCUAGCAUUGCGUCGCCCAGAGGCUGUUCAGAGCAUCAUUACACAAAACGGCAAUGCCUAUGUGGAGGGCUUUGGUGACGUCUGGGGACCCAUCAAAGAUUUCUGGGCGAGCAAGAACACCUCUGAUGAUCGAUCCAAGUUAGCAGAUGCGAUGCUGAACUUUGACAUUACCAAGUUCCAAUAUGAGAAUGGUACUCCUGACCUUCAGACCAUCGCACCUGAAUCCUAUACACUAGACCACACUUUGCUACAGCGCCCAGGGAGGAAGGACGCCCAACUUGAUCUCUUCAUGGACUAUCAAAAUAACGUACCGUUGUAUGAGAAAUUUCAUGAGUACUUUCGUUCCUCUCAAGUGCCUUUAUUGGCAAUUUGGGGAAAGAACGAUGUGUUCUUCAUUCCACCCGGAGCUAACGCAUAUAAAAGAGAUUUGCCGAAUGCAAUUGUUAAACUCAUCGACGCCGGCCAUUUUGCGGUCGAGAGCGACGGGCCGUUGAUUGCGAAAGAGGUAGAACAGUUCCUAGGAUAG